AUGGCUGGACGUGAAAGCGCUAAACGCGCGCGAUCCAAUACUAUUGGCGAUGCCCACAUCAACACGAGAGCGCCGCCAGCAGAAGAAAUUUCCCAGCAAAUCCAGCACCUCAGUCGACAGUCUGUCACCGAUAUUCUCACGCAGGCAGCGCAAACCCAUCCUGACGUUAUGAGCAUGGUGGACGAUGCCAUUCGCAUCAUCCGGGAGAAAGAGCAAAAUCGCAUUAUCAGCUUCGACCACUAUUCCAGCUCAGUCUGGAAAUCGAUUAACAUCACAUAUCGCUCCAUGCGCGGUGCCAAACAGUACGAUAUCUCGUUCGAGGUGGCCCAGGGAGUCGCCGAUACCAUCAAAUCGAUCACGAAACAGUGUGGACCAUUCACCAACCCUCAGACACGUUUCAAUGGGCUCUCUGUUCUACGCAAAAUUGGUAAGACCAUUGCGCUCUCUUCCAAUGAUACACUGGGCCACGAGGUGCGAAAGCAGUUCCAAGGGGAUGCCUCUCUUGUGGAAGGCAUGUUGGAAAUCCUCGAUUCUAUGACGGCGGAGGAAAUCCUCGAGAUCAGAGAGGAUGGGGCGAGUCCGGAAUCGUUGUGGCCAAAGCUACAGGAAUUGGAAGAGUUGGCCAAUGAUUAUUGUAUUCAUCCUGGACUGGAAGCAGUGUUGAAUCGACUGGACCCUGAUGGUCAUAGGGAUGAGGAAGAAUGGGAUGAAGAGGAAUAUGAAGAAGCAUAUGAGGACGAAGAGAGCGAGGAUGGUGCUCAUCAAGCACAGCCAUGA